GAAUAUGAUUGUGGGUUCCUGGAGCAGAGCAAGGGAGGGAGAUACUUGAACGAGUCACCACAAGGACAGAGAGGGAUAUUGGCAGGACACCGGCAGCAGUAGGCUUACGUUGUGAUCACUGAUUUAAACCCGACAAUUCAACGGGUGGUUGUAGUGUUGUUGUUGGUGGCGCGCGCCGGCUCCGGGCUCCGACCUAGGAGUAUAUCAGAGCCGCAGAUUUUUGGCACGAGGAGAGCCGAGCUGGUGGGAAAAAGCAGACGGAGGGAGGCAUUCAUGAGCUCGCUGUACGAUGUUUCCUGCUUCGCCGCCGGCCUUGCUGGCAACAUCUUCGCGCUCGCCCUCUUCCUGUCGCCGGUGCCGACGUUCAAGAGGGUGGUGAAGGCCAAGUCGACGGAGCGCUUCGAUGGGCUGCCCUACCUGCUCUCCCUCCUCAACUGCUGCAUCUGCCUCUGGUACGGCCUCCCCUGGGUCUCCGACGGCGGCAGGGCCCUCGUCGCCACCGUCAACGGCACCGGCGCGCUGUUCCAGCUCGCCUACAUUUCGCUCUUCGUCUUCUACGCCGACAGCCGCAGGACACGCCCACAGCUGAAGAUCGUGGGGCUCCUGGUGCUCGAAGCCUUCGUGUUCGCGGUCAUCGCGCACGCGAGCAUCGCCUUCCUCGACCAGCCGGCCCGGCAGCUGUUCGUCGGCAUUGUGAGCAUGGCGUCUCUGAUCUCCAUGUUUGCCUCCCCACUUGCCGUCAUGGGUUUGGUGAUCCGGACCGAGUGCGUGGAGUUCAUGCCCUUCUACCUGUCCCUCUCCACCUUCCUGAUGAGCGCCUCCUUCGCAAUGUACGGGCUUCUGCUGCGCGAUUUCUUCAUAUAUCUCCCCAAUGUCAUCGGAGUUAUCCUGGGAGCAAUGCAGCUGGUGCUGGACGCUUACUACAGCAGGAAAUGGAAGGGCGGCGAACCGUCUGCACCGUUGCUCGCCUGAUCAAAACCGAAUUGAUCAGUCAGCUGGUUGUGCCGGCGCUGGGUGUUUCUAAGGGGAGUUGAGGAUGCUACUACUAGCAGUCUAUACGUUGUUUUGUCCUUGUCA